AUGGAUCGUUUCGAGGAUUUGGCCAGACAACAAAGAGAAACGGGCGGCAAUAUCGAAUCAAUUGUCCGAAACUUUAAAAAGGACCCGCAAUCCAGGAAGCAGUCAAUCAGCUAUUACGAAGAGCGAUUGAGAAGACUGGACAGCGAGUGGUCGAAGUUUGAAACAACUGACAACAAACUUCGACUGCUUGAAAACCCCCAGCUGGAUCACGACUACUUUACAAAGGACUACUAUAACAAUAUAAUGGAAAUUGUAAAUCAGUACAAGGAGAUUUUCGAGUCCGCAGUGCUCCAAUUGGCUCAAACCCCGACGAGAGAAUUGCGCUUAACAACUUAUGAAGGAAGUACGUACCAACAUGAUGCUUCAGCUUCAAAAGUCAACACUGAAGCACGGCAUGAUACUGGAACCAAACAGGCAGCUUCCAACGAGUACACUAAACUAGUCCGCAGACAAGGGGUAAUGAUGGCGUCGUUGCGACGGUUACUGAACGACAACGUUUCACCAAAAUGUGUUCCAACAAUUAAUAAACUGUGGGAAAAUAUAGAAGACAUUCACUUCAGGAUAUAUGAGAUGUUCGACAACCCAACCGAGCAGGGCUACAAGGUCGAUAACUUCAUUUCACUUGAGGAAAAGGUAUGGAGUACUUUGCAAGCAGCUAAUAGUGACUCCCAUACUGAGCAAUCUUCAAACCAACUUCCGAUUAAACUGCAAUCCAUUUCACUGCCGAAGAUAAUAAUUCCAAAAUUCGAUGGCACCUAUUUAAAAUGGCAAGAAUUUCAUGACCUAUUCUCGCAACUGGUAAUAAAUCAACCUCUUUCAAAAGUUCAGAAAAUGUGGUACUUGAAAACUCACUUAGUGGGGGAGGCUGGAAAUCUAAUUAAACAUUUCGCAUCAACAGGAGAGAAUUUUGAUGCAGCUUGGUUCAUGCUUCUGGAGCGUUACAACAACAAACGCUUGCUGGUGAGCAAGUUAGUACAUGAGCUAACUACUACACCUGGAAGCACAUCAAUGGACAAUGUCAAAAAACUGCAUGACACAACACAAGAAUGUCUAUUAGCAUUGCAAAAUUUGCAGAUAGACACAUCAACAUGGGAUCCACUUCUGCUCCCCCUUCUACUAAAGAAACUGGAUCAACCGACUCGUUUGCGGUACGAACAAUCAUUAUCAAAGCCACGGGAGGUACAAACACUCAAGGAAUUCCUGCAAUUUCUGGAGAAACACUUUCAAUCCAUGGAAGCGAUGGGUGUCAAAGACAAAUCUACAAGCUCAACUGCAAAGGUGUGCACUUCAGUCACAUCCAAAGGUCAUAGAAAUGACACUUGCAGCAUGUGCAAAAAAGGAAAACAUCCAUUAUUUUCUUGCAAGGAAUUUUUACAACAGUCUCCAUCGGCACGCUUUCAGUUCAUACAAGGGCAGAAAUAUUGCCACAAUUGCCUAAAACCGGGACAUGGUUCUAAAAAUUGUAUAUUAAGAAACUGUCUGAAAUGCAACAAAAAACACAACACGCUGUUACAUUUCGAGGAUUCAAAAAGGGAUGUGAGCAAAGACAUUACAUCAGUAGCCACUCCAACACAAGGCAACGAAUCGCAAAGUACUACACCAUCCAGGACCAAAUCAACGCCAUCAAAAGACGAAGCAGCGUCACUUACCACCGCAAAGCACACAAAGUCAAACACGUAUGUACUACUCAGCACUGCCAUGGUGAAAGUUAGAGGAAUCGGAACAGAAGUGCAGUGUCGGGCAAUUCUCGAUUCAGGCUCACAAGUUAAUUUUGUGACUGAACGAUUGGUUAAACGUCUUGGCAUCUCAACUAAACCAUCAUCAAUCUCCAUUAGUGGCAUCGGGUCAAGGAGCACUAAGAUACAGCAUCGAGUCAAUGUGGCGCUACAGUCUCGGAUCAACAACUUUACAACGCGGCUAGAGGCAGCGGUAUUUCCUCAGAUUAUAUCCCCGCAGCCGUCGCAAGAAAUCAAGAUCGACGAAUGGCAAAUUCCUGAGAACAUCAUGUUAGCCGAUCCAUCAUUCAAUCGUCCUGACAAAAUUGAUAUAUUGUUGGGGGCGGAAUUCUACAACCAACUGAUGGCAGCAGGGCAAAUCAAACUGUCAGAUGACCUACCCAUUCUGCAAAAUACAGUGCUGGGAUGGAUCAUCGCGGGAAAAGUUGGUGGCAACUACAUCUCAAAUGCAAUAUGUGGAAUCUGUACCAACGAUGACAUCAACUUAGAUGCAGCCAUUGCUCGACUAUGGGAACUUGAGGAACAUCCUCCUGUAAGAAAACAACAUUCCGUAGCAGAAAAACAGUGCGAAGCUCAUUUCGCACAACAUACACUCAUCAAUGUAAAUGGGAGACUCAUGAUAAGGCUACCAUUUCAUGAAAAUCCGGAGGCCUUAGGGGAAUCCUAUGGGAUGGCGUAUAAUCGAUUCCUGGCCUUAGAACGUCGACUGGCAAAAUCGCUCCAGACAAAGAAUCAAUAUGUACAAUUUAUGGAGGAAUAUGAGAACUUGGGGCACAUGACGCAAGUGGAUAUUGAUUCCAUCAGUAAACCUAGGUACUUCAUUCCUCACCAUUGCAUUGUGAGACCCGAAAGCCGCACUACAAAAUUACGUGUGGUGUUCGACGCAUCAGCAAAAUCGUCCACUGGCAUGUCUUUGAAUGACCUCAUGUAUACCGGACCCACUGUUCAGAGCGAGCUUUUCACCAUUUUACUUCGCUUCCGUUUGCCCAGGUUCGUCUUCACCACAGAUGUAGAAAAAAUGUAUCGACAGAUGCUCAUUCAACCGGACGAACGCAAAUUCCAACUUAUCAUCUGGCGAAAGGAUUCAAGCCUACCAAUAAAGCAUUAUCAGCUAAAUACAAUCACAUAUGGGACAAGAUCUGCUCCAUAUUUAGCCACCAAAUGUUUGCAGAAAAUUGCAAAAGAAAAUGCAUUACAAUAUCCUCUUGGUGCUCAGUUUCUGCAGGACAAUUUUUAUGUAGAUGACGGAAUCGGUGGGUCAGACAGCUUAACCACGACGAUGGAAAUCCAACAGCAACUGAUACACAUCUUAAAACAACGUGGUCUUAACCUAAGAAAAUGGUGCGCCAAUCACUCACAAUUACUGCAAAAUGUUAGCAGGGAGGAACAAGAAGUUGACAUAGACUUUGACAAUGACAUCAAUCAAACUAUUAAAACGUUGGGGUUAACAUGGAUGCCUAAGAUGGAUCGAUUCUGCGUAAAGGUAUGCCUAGGAAGCUGCAGUCUUGCAACUAAACGCUCAGUCAGCGCCGAUCUUGCAAGGCUAUUCGAUCCGUUGGGGAUACUAGCACCAAUUGUAGUCAUGGCAAAAAUGUUUAUUCAAGAUCUCUGGCAACUGAAGCUGACAUGGGAUGAAGCAUUACCAGCCGAUUUGAAUGAGAGAUGGACAACAUUUCGAAAUGAUUUGCAAAAAUUGGACAACUUGCAAGUUUCACGGCACGUGUUUGAAGGAUACAUCCCAGCAAAAAUUCAAAUUCAUGUCUUCUCCGACGCAUCAGAAAAGGCAUAUGGUGCUGCGAUUUACAUUAGAUCCGAGCUGGAUGAGGGACGAGUACAAGUGAGGCUGCUCUGUGCAAAAUCUCGUGUGGCACCCUUGAAACGGCAAACUAUUCCUCGGCUUGAGCUCUGUGCAUCAGUACUGGGUGCUCAACUAACUACAAGGGUCAAAUCAGACCUUAAGCUAGACGAUGUGGCUACAUACUUUUGGACUGAUUCACAAAUCGUGUUGGCAUGGAUUAACUCAUCCUCAGCAUCAUACCAAACAUUUGUGGCAAACCGUAUAGCUGUUAUUCAUGAGCACACUACCGCUGAACAAUGGCGGCAUAUAAGCUCAAAAGACAACCCAGCUGACAUUCUAUCACGAGGACUGCCGCCGGGGAGACUAGAAACCUGCAAUAUGUGGUUUUAUGGGCCAACAAUCUUGCUUGGUAAAGAAGACACUUGGCCUUCAAAGUAUUCCAAGGCAUUAUCAGUAAUCGACGAAGGUAUCAACAUGGAACGGAAAGGGGUGACAUCAGUCGCUGUUGCAACCACUGGACAUGAAGGAAGCGUACUUUAUAGCAUUCGACACAAUGGCUCUUUCAAAACAUUACAAAGAGUGACAGGCUACAUGCUGAGAUUUAUCAACCAGGCCAGAAACCAAUCGCGGGAGUCAGACAUUCCCUUGACCGUACACGAAUUGGAAAAAGCGCUUGUGGUAAUCGUUCGUACAAUGCAGCAAUCGGACUUUGAGGAAGAGCUUCAGCACCUUAAAAAAUACAACGAAGUUCGCAAAAACAGUUCUUUCCGCAGCCUGUCACCGUUUCUGGACAAUAAUGGUAUCAUCCGAGUUGGAGGGCGUCUACAAGCAUCAGAACUUGCAUACGAUGCCAAACACCCUAUGCUAAUUCCACAUAACAAUUCACUCGCCAAAUUAUUAGUACAAAUGAUCCAUAAAGAAAACCGUCAUUGUGGACCUCAAGCGCUCUUAGCUUACACAAGGCAAAGAUUUUGGCCUAUAAAGGGAAAAUUGCUGACACGAUCAAUUGUGCUCAACUGCGUAAGAUGCACCAAGGCUAAGCCAAAACUAAUGAGUCAAAUUAUGGGGAACUUGCCUUCAACAAGAGCGCGAAAAACCAGCUUUCUGAACUUACUGACGUUGUUUAUGGAAAUUCAUCACGAGAAUCAAUAG